GUCCAAUGUAAUUUAUUAGUACCUAUGUAAAGAGCGUAUCUCUAAUUGAUCGCGUUUUUGUUUUAUUUCGGGUCAGUAGUUAAUUACUUGGUGAUGAUAUAGGAUUUUUAAAGAUUAAAAAUGGACAAGAAUUCUCCAAAAGUGGCUGUCCUCGGGGCGGGAGUCGUCGGUUUAACGGUGGCGAAAAUAUUGCAAGAUCGACUCAGAAAUGUUGAUAUCACCGUCGUAGCGGAUAAAUUUAAAGAGGACACUGUGAGUUGUGUCGCUGCUGGCAUCUUUCGGCCAGGACUCAGCUUCCGAGGUCCCACAUACGAGAUAACAAAACGAUGGAUUGACAAUUCUUGGUACUACUGGCAGGAUAUAUUAAAAACAUCCGAAGCAGACAAGGCCGGCGUAGUUUCACUUUCCACAUACAUAUUCUCAAAAGAAAACUACCACACGACUAAGAAUCGCUUAAUUGAAGAUCUUGUGCCUAUUUAUCGACCUGUCGAUGAGAACGAACUAGAAAUUGCAGGCAAAGGUUGGAAAUAUGGGUCCUAUUUUACAACUGUCAAAACGUCAUGCGACUAUUACCUGCCGUGGAUAGAGAAUUCAUUCGUCAAAAGUGGCGGGAAAAUCGUCAACAGAAAGGUGGACAGUUUCUCAUCGCUCGAAUACGAUUUGGUAUUUAACUGCACCGGGAUGGGAGCAAAAUAUUUGUGCAACGAUUACGAUUUAGUGCCGAUACGCGGUCAGAUUUUCAAGGUGAGAGCUCCGUGGUUAAAGACGGCGUUUUACGGUGACUAUGAUGCGUAUGUGAUACCGGGGCAGGAUGGUAUAGCAACUUUGGGAGGAGUACGCCAAUAUGAUAGCUACAACAUGCAGGUGUGCAGGCAUGAUGCGGCGGCAAUCAUGGAGAGGUGUCUGGACUUGUUGCCAGCUUUGAAGAAUGUAGAGGUAGUGGCACAGAAGGUUGGCUUGCGACCUCAUAGGGUACCUGUUCGUGUGGAGGCAGAGGUUAUUGAUGGUUUGAAAGUGGUGCAUUGCUACGGUCACGGUGGAUACGGUGUAAUGUGCGCUCCGGGAACUGCGAUGGAUGCGGUCGAUAUCGGCUUGGACGUUUUGAGAUCUAAUAUGAGGAGUAAAAUAUAAUGUAAAUCAAGUCUAGGACAUUGCUUUUCAAUAAAGAGAUCUUUGUUUAUGUGUAAUUUCAAAGUAUAUAUAUAUCAUAUUUGUCACACGUAUAUUUUUGUAAUACUUAUAUAUUGUUAU